CGCCUCUCGGAGCAGCCCUUCCCCGGGCCGCGAAGAAGGCGGCGCUUCGGGGCUCCCGGCUUUGCUUUCGGCUCCGGCUCGGGAGCGGAGUAGGAGCAGUGCGCGUGGCGGCAGCAUGAGCCCCAAGAAGGCGGUGGUAGCGGCGCUGGGCGCGCUGUGCUUGGCGGCCGUGGCGGGACUCGUCCUGCUUUGCGUGCCCACCAAGAACGUGCAGGACCCGCCCGCCUUCAAGUACGGGAUAGUUUUGGAUGCCGGAUCUUCCCACACAGCCAUGUUUGUCUACAAAUGGCCGUCCAACAAGGAGAACGAGACUGGGAUUGUCAGCCAGCACAGCGACUGCCACGUGAAGGGAGAAGGCAUCUCAAGCUACUUCACGAACCCACCGGCAGCCGGGCAGAGCUUGGUACCCUGCCUUGACCAGGCCCUGGAGGAUGUCCCGAAGGCGAGGCAUGGCAUCACGCCCCUCUACCUGGGUGCCACGGCUGGCAUGCGGCUGCUGAACAUUUCUAACCCACAGGCUUCAGACAGCGUCCUUGAAGCUGUGACCGCCACGCUGAAGAAAUACCCCUUUGACUUCCAGGGAGCCAGGAUCCUGAGCGGAGCGGAUGAAGGCUUGUUCGGGUGGGUCACCGCUAACUACCUUCUGGAGAACUUUGUCAAGUACGGGUGGAUCGGGCGGUGGGUCCGCCCCAAGAAGAGCACGGUGGGGGCCAUGGACCUGGGCGGGGCCUCCACCCAGAUCACCUUCGAGACCACGGGGGCCGUGGAGAGCCCCGGCAACCAGGUGACGCUGAAGCUGUACGGGCAGAGCUACCAAGUCUACACGCACAGCUACCUCUGCUACGGCAUGAACGAGAUCCACACCAGGCUGACUUCCAAGGUCCUGAAGGCUAAAGCUUACGCCCUCCGACUGGAAAACCCCUGCUGGCCACAGGGAUUCAAGCGCAGCUUCCCCAUGGAAAGCAUCUACGGGUCCCCCUGCGCCAUCUCCGAGAAGCCCCCCAACUACUUCCCCACGGCCAUGGUGAACAUGAGCGGCUCUGGAGACCCUGCCCAGUGCUUGGCACACGCAGAGAGCCUCUUCCGCUUCACGGACUGCCCUUAUUCCAGCUGCUCCUUUGACGGGGUCUUCCAGCCCCCCGUGGAGGGAAACUUUAUCGCCUUCUCUGCAUUUUUCUACACGGUGGAUUUCCUCCGGUCAGUGAUGAAAAGGCAGGUAGCCACUCCAAGUGACCUCAGAGAAGGCGCGGAGGCCAUCUGUACCACCCCCUGGAGUGAGCUGCUGAAAAAGGGGCCAAAACUGGAGUCCCUUUUGCAGAACUUCUGCUCCAUGGCCACCUUCGUCUCGCUGCUGCUCACCCGGGGGUACUCGUUCAGCAACAGCACCUUCCCCAACAUAGCCUUCCAGCAGAAGGCCGGGGACACGACCAUCGGCUGGGCCCUGGGCUACAUGCUGAACCUGACCAACAUGAUCCCAGCGGAAGAGCCCAGCUCCCGGAAGGGCACCAGCUUCGGCCCCUGGGUCGGCCUCAUCCUCCUCUUUGUCGCCAUCCUUCUGGGCAGCCUGGGCAGCAUCUUCUGCCUGCUGAAGUCCUCCAAGGGCCGAGGGGCAGUGUAGACCAGCUCUCUCCUGCCCCGCCUUCUCUCCCUGGUCAUGCGCUGGGAACUCCAGCCUUUUGCCAAAACUCAGGAAGGAAGAAAUUGGAACAACUCUCCGUGGAGGCGGACGGUGCCUGGCAUGGAUUGUGGGCAUAUACAGCUCAGCCACUUUCCUGCCUCCUUUUUCCUUCCUGGAGGGCCACGAGCCUCCACCCCCUGCUUUCCCCUUCAAGAAAAAGGUGCUGGCAUUGACAAGGAAAUCUUCUGGAGACCUCCAGGCUUCCACUUCUUCCUAGACUCAAGAAUUUCUAGCCAGGGGCCCAUCCUAAACCUCUCGACCCAACAAGACGCUGCCCCCACCCCAAGACAGAGGACCCUGGGAGUAAAUACCAUGGACGUCAGGAGGCCCCAGGGUCUUAUCGCCUCUCAGCAGUUCUUCAAAAAUGGGGGUCCCUUUUGUUCCAGAUGAGCUUAAGACUUUGGGGAAGGGUCUUUGGAGGCAGCCACAUGGACUUCUGACUGUCGGCCACAACUGAGGGACUUCCAUUCUUGUACAAACCAGGCCUGGCUUGGCUUCCGGAGAUCCCCUCUUUUAGGGGAAUGGGAAUUCAGCAAGCUGCCUUUAGCUCUGUUGCUGAGAGAAGCUUCUCUUUUUCCGCUUAGUAGAUCAACGAGAGAACCUCUUCCUCACCCACAUAUUCUCUACUGACCCCCUUUGCAGGGACAAGCCCUCCUUUGGCGUUUUCCUUGGCAGAGAGGUGGCCUGGAUCCCCUCAACCUCUGGAAAUCUUUUUUGUUUUUUUGUUUCCCAAUCUUUUCCAGAGGUUAGGAGACGACUUCCUUUCUUCCUGCAAAACCCCCCAAAGUCUCUGUGUUACUUGCACCCCUGGGUGUCACACAGUGGUGAAAUUCAAAUUUUUUUACUAUCGGUUCUGUGGGCGUGGGAGGGGAAGGAUAUUGCAAAAUCCCCCUUCCCACCCCACUCUGAGGCCAGCCAGAGGUGGCAUUUGCCGGUUCUCCAAACUACUCAAAAUUUCUGUUACCAGUUCUCCAGAACCUGUCAGAACCUACUGGAUUUCACCCCUGGUGUCACACCCAUCCAUGAGACAACAGAUUUCAAACCAGGUCUCAUUCAGAAAUUAAGAAUAAUCCACGGUUGAAUUUAUAUUUUUAAACUUAUUUUGAGUCCUUCCAUUUCUUAGUGUACAAUACACAUAUAGCAAAGCUGUCAAAGUUGAAAUUGCCAGGAUUGUAUAAGCGAUUGCUAGCUGUGUUGCAACCCCAUUGGACCGCUCCUCCGGCACCCUUAAAAACAUGCCUAAACACAGUCAGGCACAAUAAUUGAAUCCAGAAGAGAGAUGCCCAAAUUAGACAAUUCCUGCAACAAGGGAUUGGGGCAUAGAGGCCCCAAAAUUGCAAUAUUCCAUUAUUUUUCCUAGGAAUAAGUCACCCAGAAGGUAAUGAGAUUUAUUUCUGAAUCGAAGUUUGAACUGGUGACAGUCGUUUCCCAUCCCACAGGUGUGAAUUUGAGAUGAAGUCAGGAUAACUGUUUUUAUUUUAAUGGCACACUGUUGUAUAAUAUUAAAAAAACAACAUUAUCCAGGAUUUGGGGAGGGUUUCUUUUUUGCUAUUCUUUACCUUGAUAGUGCAACAAUAUUAAAGUCUCCCACAGUUGGCUUCUGCAAUAUAUAUAUAUAUAUAUAUAUAUUUUCAGGGUGGGCAGAAAAAUGCCUCCGGCACUGCAAACUGGGGAGCUAGGAAGGAGGAGGUGACGGGGAGGGUGGGAUUUUUAAAGAAAACAAAGUGUGCGCGUGUGUCUUUCCUUGUGCUUUUCUUCGGUGCCUCUGUCUGCGCCUGUGGCCUUGGGUUGUAUUCUGCCUAUUUUCCAUGUAAAGAAAACAAAGUGAUGCUUGCCUUAAAAGAAAUCCUAAUAAAAGCUCGCUUGGCGACCGA